AUGUCAAACAAGCAGCACGCACCUCCAGCGACCAAAUAUGCUCUUGACGGCCGCGAAGUAGAUCUACUUCACUAUAUAUACGCGCGCCCCGAUAUCAAAGAGCUCAACGGAAAUCCACAAAGAGUACUCUGUGCAAUCGAUGAAUACCACAGAGAAUUCGAUAUACUCAUCAAUGUCGGAGCCCAAAAAGGCCAGCACAUAGUCAACCUAAUCAGCGAAAGCAAACCGUCAUCUAUGAUCGAACUCGGUGUCUAUAUCGGCUACAGCGCUAUAUUAUUCGGAGACGCCAUACGAUCGCACGGCGGGGAGCAAUACAUCGGUAUCGAAAAGAACCCCGAGAUGGGUGCUAUAGCAAGUCAGCUGGUAGAUCUGGCCGGGCUACGCGAUACCGUGCAGAUUCUCGUUGGGUCUAGCGAUGAAGUUCUGCAGGAGCUGGUUGAAGAGGAAGAGCUAAGGCAUGUUGAAUUUAUCUUUCUGGAUCACUGGAAGGACCUAUAUCUGCCUGACCUAUGGCUUCUUGAGGAGAUGGAUGCUCUCAAGACGGAUGUUUCGGUAGUUAUUGCGGAUAAUGUCAUCUUUCCUGGUGCUCCCGAGUAUAGGAAAUGGGUGGAGGCGACUACGAAGCAGAAGCGAGAGAUGGUCAAGGGGGCUGGGAUUGGUGCUGUUGCGCCCAAUCCUAAUUUGGUGUAUGACACAGUCCUUGCUGAGUUUGAGACUGAUUUUGGUCUUGACGCUAUUACGAUCACUCGUGUAAUUGGGGAUGAGAGCGAAUGA